AUGAUGACCUACGCUUCCAAGGCGGUUGUGAAGGAAGUCGAAGACGUGUGCGCACGUCAAGAGACGACCCUCGACCUGCUCGACCGCGGCAUCACCGGCAUCUCUGAGUUUCCAUUCAGUCGCCUGUCGAUGCUCACCCGCGUCAACUUUGCCAACAACAAGCUCACUGAAGUCCCGGCGUCGAUCGACUCGCUGCGCAAUCUCGAGUUCCUGAACCUGUUCAACAACAGCAUUUCAGUGCUGCCAACAUCCCUCAACUCGCUCACAAAACUGUCCUACCUCAACGUAGCAUGCAACAAGCUGACAGAACUGCCUCGAGGCUUUGGCUCGUGCCCGGCACUCGAAAUUUUCGACUGCUCGUCGAACAAGAUUACCAAGCUGCCAAACAAUAUGAAUUACAUGAACUCCAUACGCGCACUCUACCUGUCAGACAACGAGAUUGAGGAAAUCCCCGAGGGUCUCGCCCUGCGCGACAACAAGCUGAAGGAGAUUGUCCCUGCGCUGGGCUCGUGUGCCAAUCUGCGCGAGCUCUAUUUGCAAGGAAACAUGCUGCGCGUCUUGCCUGUCGAGUUGGGCAACUGCGACCGACUUGCCGACAAGACGAAUGGCAUUUUCAAGCUGAUUGGCAACCCUCUGAUCGAGGAGCUGCUGGAUAUGUAUCUGAAGGGUGUCCCAGCGUUGAUUGCCCUGCUCAAGUCGCCUGCCUAUGCCACCGUGCUUGAAAACUUCCGGUACGUGCUGGGUGGCUUCUGCUUGGUUGUCGGUUUUGUCCUGUUUGCUUGA